ACUCCGAGGAAAGUCUGAAAUCUCUCUUGAAGUCACUGACAAGUUCGCUGAGAGACGGAAGUUCCCUUCAUGCCGACGGUAUGGCCAGAGCCUUCCCUGGUUCCAUUUCCGGCGGUGGCAGUGGGCCGGAUACAGCUGCUCUCGACGAAGCGAUACGCAUAGUCGAGAACAUCCUGGCUAGUGGCGACACCAAUAAAAAUCUCGUAGAAACCCUCGAGAAGUUGAUCAACAUCCGAGACGUCGUGAAGAUAAAACACCAGCGCAACGGAAGUCCGGCGAACCGGAAGGCGGAAGUAAAUCUCGAACGAGUCGGCAUGGAAAAUGAGCGGUCACUAUUACAAGGCAAAGAAUCGGAGGCGGCUCUUGCUGACCGCGACUUCCAUAACAAAAACUGCUUCAAGCUAGGACAGAUCUGCGGCUUCUACCGAGACUCCUGCUGCGCGCGCGAUACGGAGUACGGAUCGAACGCGUCGCUUUGCUGCAUCAGGCUUUCCGGCGGCGAAAAUGUCCUCCUGAGCGACCGUUACGGGUACUGCGUACCAAGCUACGCCUCCUACACGUGCGAUGAGAUGCAGAGGAUGUACAGCCUUUGGCAGCGUUAAGCGGCCGCCGCACCGGAAAUGACACAAUCCGUCUGUGGGAUUGCUUGCCGGCGAGGCUGGUGUUGUUGUUUUUUUUUGCAAACUCGUUUGCCAACACUUUAAACUUUUUCGCGUGCCUGGGCUUGCGGGGAUUCCACGACGAAUAGUGUAUCUGAUGUUAGUACAAUUGCAUUAGCCUUAGUUACUCUCCUUAUGUGCAUUUCAUUAAGGAACGAUCCUUUUUUAAUUGUAUAAAUCUUUUCGUAGCUCUUUUUGGGCUAAUAAGCAUUUUUUCCCAAUGCACGUUUUUACUCUUGAGCAUAAGGCUAGCAGUUAUUUUUUAGUGUUUCAAUUAUUUGUAAAUAAUUC